AUGACAAGACAAAGCCUGGAUGUGCGUAGAAAAUCGACUCCUCCUUCCAGAAGGACCACCGUUCAGCCCCAGGAAAAUAUGAAAGCAUUUAUAUCAAAAAAGCGUCCAUUUCCAGAAACAAACAAAAGUGGCGCGAACCAAGAAUAUAAAAUUCAACAUGGAGAAGAAAAUGAGGACUUGAGGAAAAAUGGUCCGAGUAGCAAUUCUUCGACAUUUGAAAUAAUUUAUAUAAAAGACAAGAGGUACAUUGUACUCGACAUCGUUGGGAGUGGCAGUAGUUGCAAGGUAUACAAGGUCGUUACCGAAGAUAAUGACGUUUUGGCUUUGAAGCAAGUCGAUUUAAGCAGUCUAGCCAAGUCUGUAGCGGAUGACUAUAUCAACGAAGUGCACCUACUGCAGAAACUCCACGGUUCUCCAGGAAUCAUAAAGUUAGUCGAUUACGAGCUAAACCAGCACCAGCAACGUCUCAACAUCCUCUUGGAAUACGGAGAGACCGACCUGAAAUCGUUCCUAUUGGAGAAACAGACAUCUCUCGAUAUGAAUCGAAUUCGUCUACUCUGGCAACAAAUGCUAACCUCUGUAAACUCCAUCCGCGAGCUCGGAAUCGUCCACUCCGACUUAAAACCAGCGAAUUUUCUGUUCGUGCAAGGCGAACUGAAGCUCAUCGACUUUGGAAUUGCGCGCGCGAUCGCUCCCGAAUCGACGAGCAUCAUUCGAGACACCCAGAUGGGGACGUGGAACUAUAUUUCGCCGGAAGCGUUGAUGGAGACGGGGGAUGGGAAGGGGGGUCGCGGAAUUCGCAUCGGAUGUUCGUGCGACGUGUGGUCGCUUGGAUGCAUUCUCUAUCAAAUGGUAUACGGGAAAUCGCCGUUCCAAGACAUCCAAAUGCCGCAGAAGCUGCUCUCCAUCGCGAACGACGAGUAUAAAAUUGAUUUUCCCAAGAUCGACAAUCCCUGGCUUCUCGACGUUCUCAAGCUCUGUCUCCAGCGAAACCCGAAGAAGCGACCGACCAUCAGCAGUCUUCUGCAGCACCCGUUUCUGCAGCCACAGGGCGAGCAAGCGAUGCAGGUGUUCCAAGCGGCUGCGUUGGGGAACGACAACAUGCAGGACGUCGUACGGCAAAUUUUGCAGACGACGGAGGAUCCUAUGUGGGAGGAAGAGGGGUUCGUCGAGGCGGUUUGCCACGAAUUGGCGAAGCAGUGUGUGGAAAGCUCGCGCGUUAGCUUUCUGGAAGCACUGGAUCGAAAACUAAUUCCGACAGAUGUUAUUGAUGUUAGAUCUGGAAGAUCUACAAAACAAAUCAUAACCAAUCAUUUCAUUAUUACUUCGAAGUGUCAAUGA